CCAGGUCCCAACUUUUCGCUGUCCGUCACAUCGUCAAGUCAACCAUCAACCGCGAUACCAACAUAAUUCGCAAAAAUGGCAGGAGGCAAGCCCCGCGGUCUUAACGCCGCUAGAAAGUUGCGUUUCAACAGAAAGGACCAGAAGUGGUCUGACCUUCACUACAAGAAGCGUGCCCUGGGUACCGCUUUCAAGUCCUCUCCUUUCGGUGGCUCUUCCCACGCCAAGGGUAUCGUCCUCGAGAAGGUCGGUGUUGAGGCCAAGCAGCCCAACUCCGCUAUCCGAAAGUGUGUCAGAGUUCAGUUGAUCAAGAACGGCAAGAAGGUUACUGCUUUCGUCCCCAAUGACGGUUGCUUGAACUUCGUCGACGAGAACGACGAGGUCCUUAUUGCUGGUUUCGGUCGCAAGGGCAAGGCCAAGGGUGAUAUUCCCGGUGUUCGUUUCAAGGUUGUCAAGGUCUCCGGUGUCGGUUUGUUGGCCUUGUGGAAGGAGAAGAAGGAGAAGCCCCGUUCGUAA